AUGGGGAACCCGACUCAGAGCAUUCAAUCCCAUCAAUCCGAUGAGUUCAAUAUUGCCGAAAACAAGCAAAUUGACACAUGGAGGGGUUGGGUCGUUGUCGCAGCCGCUGCAAGCACAGUCUUUGUUUAUUUAGGAAUUAUCUACUCAUGGGGCCUAUUAGAAGCAAGCUUAGUGGACACAACUGGCUACAGUUUAACAACCCUCACAUUUGUUGGAUCUUUGGCGACGUCGUUUAUGAUAUCAGUGAGCCUUUUCGCCCGCUUUUGCAUUCAAAGAUUUGGGUAUCAAAAAACUGCCUUGGCCGGAGCAUUCCUGAUGGGACUCGGCGAGUUUGUGGUCUCUUGGGCCUCUGACCAAAUUAUUGCCCUAUUUCUUCUACACGGUGUUACAUUUGGGGUAGGCGGAGGGCUAUCCAUGUUUGCUUGCUCUACUGCUCCCCUCUCAUGGUUCAAGAGGCAUCGUGGGUUGGCAGUUGGAAUUGUUUUUGGAGGAGGCAGCCUUGGAGCUGCUGUAUUCGGCGUUGCGACGAAGUACAUGAUCAAUAACCUGAGCACCGCAUGGACAUUUCGCAUACUUGGUGUCUUGGUUUGGGCUGUAGGCAUUCCUUCGUCAUUUUUUAUCCGGCAUUCUCAGAUGCCAAGGUCCAAGGUUACUGGUGCACAAUGGUUUCUUUUCCGUGAUAGAAGGCUUAUGAUUUUGUCCAUUGGACUCGCCCUCUCGACCUUUUCCAUCUUUAUCCCACCAUACUUUAUUCCGAUAUUUGCAAAAGCCAUCCAUGGCUUUAGUGACAGCGCUUUAGUUGGUUUGGCUGUUUGGAAUUUAGCAUCCACAAUAGGCCGAGUCUUCGGCGGAUUCGCCGCAGACCACCUAUUAGGACCUAUCAAUUGCCUUCUGGUGUCCACCUUUCUGACAGGAAUCAGCGCUCUCUUGAUAUGGCCAUUUGCAUCAAAUCUAGCAGUCCUUUUGGUAUUCAUCAUAAUUAAUGGUAUUGGGUGUGGAUCAUUCUUCAGUCUGGUGCCACCCGUAUUAGGGCGAAUAUUUGGCGUGGAGACCAUAGUCGAGCUGCUUCCUAUGGUGUGGACGACGUGGUUCUUUGGUUUCUUUUUUGGAACCCCUAUCGCAUCUUCCUUGUACUCUCUAUCAAAUGGUAACGGUGUUGCACAAUAUCGUCCUGCCGCAUUUUUUGCUGGUGCUAUGUCAGUCCUGGGAUUGACUUUCAUGCUUGGCGUCCGCUUCAUGGUUGAAAAACGGAUCUUUGUCAUGGUAUAGAUAUUAAAAACGCAUUGAGUGCACCCUUGAGCUCCUGAGCUCUAUUUAUCAUAAGCAGAGUCCGCCUGAUCUUGCUCCAAGAAGAGAGUAGUAGCCAUGUUUUCGAAAUCUUCAAAGUCAAUAUCCUCGAGGUUUGACCACC